GUUCCAGUCCCAAUACUGUCAAAAUGUCCAGCAGGGGUGGAAAGAAGAAGUCAACCAAGACUUCCCGCUCCACAAAGGCUGGGGUCAUCUUUCCUGUCGGACGAAUGCUACGUUACAUUAAGAAAGGCCACCCGAAGUACAGAAUUGGUGUUGGUGCUCCAGUGUACAUGGCUGCUGUGCUGGAAUAUCUGACUGCGGAAAUUCUUGAAUUGGCUGGAAAUGCAGCAAGGGACAACAAGAAGGGUCGAGUCACUCCUAGACACAUCCUGUUGGCUGUAGCAAAUGAUGAAGAAUUAAAUCAGCUAUUGAAAGGGGUCACCAUAGCCAGUGGUGGAGUGUUACCCAAUAUUCACCCGGAGCUGUUGGCAAAGAAGCGGGGAUCAAAAGGAAAACUGGAAGCCAUCAUCACUCCACCUCCAGCGAAGAAAGCAAAGUCUCCGUCACAGAAAAAAACUGUAUCAAAGAAAACAGGCGGCAAGAAAGGGGCAAGGAAAUCCAAGGCAGCGAGAGGCAGGAGGAGAGAGCACAAGAAGCAGGGAGAAGUGAGCAAAUCUGCCAGCGCUGACAGUACAACAGAGGGAACUCCUGCAGACGGUUUCACAGUCCUGUCCACCAAAAGUCUGUUUCUUGGCCAGAAGCUGAACCUUAUUCACAGUGAAAUCAGUAAUUUAGCCGGCUUCGAGGUGGAGGCCAUUAUCAAUCCUACCAAUGCUGACAUUGACCUUAAAGAUGACCUAGGGAGCACUUUGGAAAAGAAAGGCGGCAAGGAGUUUGUGGAAGCUGUCAUUGAGCUUCGCAAAAAGAACGGACCGUUGGACAUAGCCGGAGCUGUUGUCAGCGCUGGCCAUGGAUUGCCGGCGAAAUUUGUGAUCCACUGUAACAGCCCGGGCUGGGGCUCAGACAAAUGCGAGGAGCUGCUGGAAAAGACGGUGAAGAACUGCUUGGCUCUGGCUGAUGAAAAGAAGCUGAAAUCAAUUGCAUUUCCUUCAAUUGGCAGUGGCAGAAACGGCUUCCCCAAGCAAACAGCUGCUCAGCUGAUCCUGAAAGCCAUCUCCAGCUAUUUUGUGUCGACAAUGUCCUCUUCAAUCAAGACGGUGUACUUCGUGCUCUUCGACAGCGAGAGUAUAGGGAUUUACGUGCAGGAAAUGGCCAAACUAGAUGCCAACUAAGCCUAGAAAGCUGCAGUCCCAGCCCCCUCUUCUACCCAUCGUCCUCCCCAAAUCCUUAACUCAUUGUGAAGCAGAGCAUCCCUUAUUUUAAAAUUUUGCUCAUCUAGGGGGAAUAAAGGUGGGGUUUUUCUGCUGGGUUUUUGUUUUGUUUGUUUGUUUUGGGAUUAUUUUUUUGUUCAUUUUGGUUUUACUUUCUAAACUGUUUUAUGUUGGCACUGAUAGCUGGCAUUACUGCUGUUAAUGCACUGUAUACCAGGCAUCGUCUGACCUUAGUGUAAUCUAGGAGAUUUUAUAGUUUUAUUUUAAUGAAGUAUGAAUUGAAGCAGAAAGCUCUUAGGAUUAUGUAGUCUUUUACUCGUGAAAGAAACAGGCCAACCCUAUUUUGUAACUGUGUUGUGGUGCUUUAUCAAUACAUCGAGUGGCGUUCCUUUCAUUUUUUAAAAGAACAGAUGCUAUAAACCUAAUUUGUGUUUGUUUAUUGUCUUAAUGAUAAAUCUGGAAGAAAAAAAGAAAACAGAAACCCUGUUGUCCUUAAUUAUAUUUACAAUUUUGAAAUGGUGUGAAUUGAUUUAGUAAAAUGUUUGAACUG